CAACCUUUGACCUCCAGCAGUCAUCAUGUCGGCCGCCCGUGUUGUCAUCCAGAGGGUGCGACCCCACGUACCACUCAUCAAAUUCCGCUUUUCCAAAGCAACACCAGGGCCGGCAAUAUCAUCUUCCAAGGCUCAAUCUAAUUCCAGUACCUCAAAGGUCAGCACAAGACGAGGGGAAGGUAUCGACUUCACGAGUCUCCCAACAAAGUACAAGAGGUUACCAAUGUCAAUAGAAGAGAUGGACUGUAUUAAUAGUGGAGGGUCUGAGCUAUAUUAGUUUCAACAUCGAGGUGUUUCAUAUACCUACUUCAUCAUCUCUUACUUAUCAGCAGUCAGUAUGCGCAACACAACCAGUAUUCAACCCAGGAUGGCGUAGUUUGAGGGAAAGGAAAUGACGGGCCCAGU